CUCUUCUCUCUUAUAUAUUCUUCUUCUCUAUCUCCCUCUAUAGUUUAAACUGAAAGAAGAAAGAAGAAAGAAGAGAAAAAUUGCAGAUCAAAAUCUGCCCUUUUGCAUGCCUUUAAAUCUGAUUCCAUGGAUGUAACAAGCACAUCAAACAGAAAUGAAAUAGAUCGGAUCAAAGGUCCAUGGAGCCCCGAAGAAGAUGAGUUGCUCCAGAAGCUGGUACAGAAACAUGGCCCCAGAAACUGGUCUUUGAUCAGCAAAUCUAUCCCAGGCCGAUCCGGUAAGUCCUGUCGCCUCCGAUGGUGCAACCAACUGUCUCCCCAAGUUGAGCACCGCGCCUUCACACCGGAAGAAGACGAGACUAUCAUCCGAGCUCAUGCCAGGUUCGGUAACAAGUGGGCCACCAUAGCUCGACUCCUCAACGGCCGUACCGACAACGCCAUUAAAAACCACUGGAACUCCACGCUUAAACGUAAGUGCUGCUUGUAUGAUGGUAAUCCGGGAGGGGAAGAUCAGCAACCGUUGAAAAGACCGGUGAGUGCCGGAUGCCCAUCGGGAUCCGAUGUUAGCGAUUCCAGUGUUCCCGUUUUGUCAUCCUCGCACGUGUACAAGCCCAUUCCGAGGACAGGCGGAGUUAACGUUGAUGUCAAUGUUACGACAGCCGGGAUGGAGGCGGCGGCGUCUUCUAACGACCCCCCGACUUCACUGAGUCUGUGUUUGCCGGGUGCAGAGUCAUGCGAGGUGUCAACUCACCCGAUUGCUGAGUCAACUCAGAUGAGGAAUGAAGAAAGGGGAAGUGGGGUGACGGGGCUGAGUGCGGAGUUUAUGGCGGUGAUGCAAGAGAUGAUAAGGGCGGAGGUGAGGAAUUACAUGGUGCAGCAGAAGAGUUCAUUGGGUAUGUGUUUGGGUAGGAAUCUUAUGGGUAUGAACCAAGUUGGGGUGAGUAAGAUGGAGUGAGUUAAAAUGAGAGAAAAUCUGGGCUGUGUUUUCUCGUAAAUUAUUUUGUUGAUUAAAGAAAGUGAGAGAAGGCCGUCUCUUGGCCUUGCUAAUGUUUCAACAAAGGUUUUACUCUAAGGGAAAACAACUUCCUUUGAUCAAAAGUUCAAUCUUAUUUCUUCUUGCGUUUUAAAGAUCUGGAAACAAGACAAUAAAAUAUCCAUGCUGAUAUUUUCUUUGAAAAAUUACCAUCCGGAUUAGUUUAA